ACACCUGCACUCCGGUUUCCUGGCCAAUCCAAAACCAUGCUGCGGUCAAUUGGAUUUGCUGAAUUGCCCAUAUGAGUGUGUUGACACUUAAAACUCGAUUAUAUCUUGAAGAUAUUGUGCACUUAGCGAUCAACAGUGUUGGUGGUAUUGUUUUUAUAACUUGUGAAACACAAGUUAUUCAUUCCUUGCGCUGAUAGUUCCUCAAACAGGAAGCAAGUCAAUCGUAUUUCGCGCAUGCGGAUAUGACGUCACCGCGUUAUGUGCAAAGAGCCUAUUUGUUUACGCACAGCUCUGGAGACACUGCGCAUGAUCGAUUCAUUAACGUCCACUUUAAAUUUUGUAGCUAGCUUCCCGUCAGCCCUGGAAGCGGUUGCAAAUUCAAAUAUAAACAAAGACUACAAGAUCGGUAAGAGGAACUGUUUCUUGAACACCUAACAAAUAACCUGAAAACCGUUUAUGACUGUUCCUACAUCCUUUUAAGGUAGGCGAUGUGCGAGCAGACUGCCAGAAAGAAAUCCAGCAAGCAGUAGGUUCAGAGACGUUCCGCAAUGGAGCAACCAAUUAAACAUGUUGUGGAAGAAGUACAGGUGACUCUGCCCCAUGAAAUUCCCCAGACCCCCAAGCGGGGCCGGGGCAGACCAUCAGGACCUGUUCACAUGAAGCCUAAACAAGUUAAUGCAGGAAAGCGUGGGAGGCCACGGAAAGAGGCAGGCCCUCCUCCUUCAGUAAAAUCUCUUGACCAAAAUCAAGAUCAAACCCUUAAGGUGGGUAAAGAGUCAACCCCCAGAACUCCACGGAAGCAAGGUCGGCCUCCAAAAAUUAACAAAGACCCAGUUCCUAUUAAAACAUCAGGAAUAGUUCGGAAAAGAGGUAGACCUUCCAAGGUGAACAAAGAUUUAGGAUUGCUCCCAGGUCCUGGGUCAGAGAGUAAACAAGGUGUCUCCAGUAAUUCUAUUAGAAGAAGGGGGAGGCCAAGAAAAACACCACUCUCACCAGAAGGGGAGGAGAAGAGGAGAAAAAUGAAAAACAAACCAAAGGGGCCCAGGGUAUGGAAGCCGUUAGGACGACCGCGCAUUUACCCUCGCGUGGAGCCCCCAGUGCCAUCCUCUCCUGCAGAGCCGAAAGGCAGAGGUCGGCCUCGCAAGACAAAAUCAAAUAAAGGUGCACAUUUCUGCAAGACCAGACAAUUAUGUAGUGCCGACGAGCCACCUGCCUUACCUGUCAGUAAUCUUUCUCGUAAGAGAGGUCGACCAUCAAACUCUAGCAAGGCCAAAACUAGCAAGGAAGAAGUUCUGUCCUCCACUAAACCUGAGAGGAAAGCAGAGCAAGACAUGGGAAGCCCACCUGGUACUAAGCGCUCUCGUCGUUCUAGUGGCAAAGAGUCUACACAAGAACCUCCUCCAGCUCCUUCGCUCAACAAAAGAGAAAGGAGGGAUAGAAAGACAGAGGUGACGAAAACUUUUGAGGCAGGGGGGAGCUUUUCUGCUGUCAGCCAGCACAGAAGUCCAACCAGAUCUCAACAUAUAAUAACCAGUACUGACACAACUGUUUCAGACCAAAAGGAAGAUGAUGAUGAAGGGAGCCCAAUGCUUGCCAAUGAACGUUCAAGCGCACCCUGCCAGACGGUGAAGAAGACAACACAGGGAGUCUCCGUAGUGGAGGAAAGUGUUGGCAAGAAGGGGGAUGCUGGACGGAAGGUGGCCGUGCCCAAAAAAGCAAAAGUGACAAAGGGAAGCAGAAUUGUGAAGUCUGAUCAGAAGACCCCACGGGGAAAACAGGCACAGAAAAACAUAAGUAGUAUUUUGUAGACAGUUCAAUGAAUAUGUUUUAAGUUUUGACUAAAUUCCAUUUUAUGUUUUUACAGUUUAUUGAUUAACCAGUUCAUCCUUUUCUGCUAUUGUCUGUGAAAGACUGCAUUAAGUAGUCUUGAUUUUUUUUUUUAAAUAUACAUUUACAGAAAGUUCUCCAUUUAAAAAAGAUUUCAUACAAGUCAAACGUAAUGCAUUUUUAUUUACACUAGUAAAAAUCUGGAUCUGUUUAAAUCCGUUUCAGAGUAUUUUUAACUUUCGCAUUGCAGAUCUUUACUGGACCUGUCAUUAAUUAUCCCAUAAUAUUCAAAAUUAAGUGAUUUUCAUGUUUUAUUUCUGUAUCUUUAAGGAAGACAGAUGCUCACCAGGAUCAUGCAAUGAAGGAACUGUAGUGUAAAAUGGUUACACAAUGUCCAUCUUGAAUGACUAGCUUGUUGGCUUAGCUGUUAUUGACUAAGGCUUUUUUCUACUGCAUAUUAACUCCUUAGUUAGAUGGUCUUUUACUAACCUAUUAAAAGUCCUGUUGGUGUAAAGGUAAAGCAUGUAACUAGAGAAUACCAGUACCUGCUCACUAGGAAGUAAUAGAUAUUUCAAAACUGGCAAGUGUUGUACUAAAUGUACUUUUUUGUUACUUUUAAGUGUACUGAAACUGAAUACUUUAAGAAUACCCAAGACUAAUGAUGCACAAAUGUUAAGUGAACAUUUUUGCAUACUAAGUAAUUCAAAUAAGAAUGAAAAUCUGAUGCAGUUGCAAUGGUGAUGCCCUGUAACUUGACAUCUCUGAAAUUCAAAUUCAGUGUUUAAAAUUCUGCAGGUGUACAUGGUUUUCUAUUAUUCACAUUCUACAUUCAAUAACAUGCUGGACCAAGGAGUUGGUGAAAUACAGUCCCUUGCAGAAGUAAUAGAAUCCCUAUGGUAUUUAUUCUUAGAAAUUAGAAUCUGUACAUGCAUUUGUAAAAUUAGCUCAUCUGAAUACUACAAAUCAUCUAUGAAGUUUUAACAUUCUAUUUUCAAAGUCUAUUACCUUUGUUUAAAUAAUUUUGCAAAGCAAAAUGGAUUUUUCAAUAGCAAUUUCAAAUAUGGUGCACUAUUAAACAAGUUCAACAGUUUCCUGUUUUAGUUUAUAUGUUUUGAUGGGACUACAAUUUGAUGUUGGUCACAUUUUUUCUCUUAUGUUGACUAACAUUUUUGCCAGUACUGAAUUCUCUCUUUUCCAGUAAGGUAAAAUGAUUUAUUUCAAAUUGCCUUUCUCACUGAGCUGAUAUUAACAUUUGCAUAUGCUCCCAUUGUUAAAUUUGUAUGUGAACUGCAACCUCAGCAUUUUAGAAUGACCCUUUAAAACCAAAGCAUUAACAAAGGCUGUGGCAUGCAUAGCUUUCAUAAUGUCCUUACAAAGCACAUGUUGUGAGAAAGUAUAUUGAGGAAUUAGAUAUCUGUCAUAAUGCUGAUUUAAGUGUACAAUAAAUUGGUUGCAUCUGACUGUAUUAGAGCUGUAUAAUGGAUCCACAUUUUUUAAAUGUAAAGGUGAAUCAUCAUUUGGCUGUAACAUGGCCCUUUAUGAUACAUUUUUACGCCUGUAAAUGUUAUGGAUAUGGCAAUGUAUAAGCAUAAUAUACUGUAAUAUUUUAAUAAAGGCAGAUGGACGAAGAAAGAAACCGAA